AUGCCGCUGGAAGGCUUUCUGCGCGUUGCAUUUGCUGCAUCUGUGCUCUUUGCUUGUGUGUCCGCCGAGGAGUGCGCAUUGGCGAGACAGUUGCGUGAGAGUGAGCUUAAGCUUUUUGUUGACCUCAGCUCCCCGGAGAGCACGAAACAAACCCCGUCAGAAUGCAUCCGGUGGCAUAUAGGCUACUGGAGAUACGAGUUGUGCCCGGGCCGGUGGGUGCGGCAGUACCGCGAGGUUAAAGAAGUGAUAAUAGAGGAGCACAUUCUUGGUGUGCAGCACCAGUGGCACCUCAAUGAUAAGGUGGGAUCGCGGAUUCUGCAGUACAUUGAUGGACCCCAAACCGUGCCCGGCCGACUACGGGAUGCUGGGUUGACCCUUAAUGCGGAAAAUUCGUUGUAUUCGUGCGCCAAGGAGCGUAAGGGUGGGCGUGAGAUACAAGUAGAUGUAUUGUAUCCUAACGGAUCUCCGUGUGAAACGGGUUCUCGGCGCACUUCCUUAUUACAUUUUGUGUGCAAUGAGAAUGCUCAUAAUCCUCUUGUAACACUGAAAGAACCAUCCAUAUGUGAAUAUGAUCUUACAGUUGCGGCUGCAACGAUUUGCAAGGUGAUAUAUGGAACCUCCAACAUAGCUUUUGAUCUGGAUGAUGCAGGCAUGAAAUUUGUCAUUUGA